AGGGCCUUGCGGGUGGAGUCGUGAGCUGCGGCGACUGAGGCCCGGGCCGGCUCCCUGCGCUACCAUGGCGUUCGGGAAGAGUCACCGGGACCCAUACGCGACCUCCGUGGGCCAGCUCAUAGAAAAGGCUACAUUUGCUGGAGUUCAGACUGAAGAUUGGGGCCAGUUCAUGCACAUCUGUGACAUAAUUAACACUGCCCACGAUGGGCCAAAAGAUGCAGUAAAAGCUUUGAAGAAAAGGAUUUCCAAAAACUACAAUCAUAAAGAAAUACAACUUACCUUGUCACUUAUUGACAUGUGUAUGCAGAACUGUGGUCCGAGUUUCCAGUCUCUGAUUGUGAAGAAGGAAUUUGUUAAAGAUAGUCUAGUUAAGCUGCUGAGUCCCAGAUACACCUUGCCAAUAGACAUUCAGAAUAGAAUUUUGAAUUUCAUUAAGACAUGGUCGCAGGGUUUCCCAGGAGCUGUGGAUGUAAGUGAAGUGAAAGAAGUGUACCUGGACCUCCUUAAGAAAGGUGUUCAGUUUCCUCCAUCAGAUGCAGUGGCUGAAACAGCCAGACAAGAGACUGCUCAGAUCUCACCGAAUCCACCACCAUCUGUUCCUACUGCACCAGCUCUUUCUUCUGUAGUUCCCAAGAGCUCCACUAUUAUAUUGGUCCCAGAACAGAUUGGAAAACUGCACAGUGAAUUGGAUAUGGUGAAAUUGAAUGUGAGAGUGAUGUCUGCCAUAUUGAUGGAGAAUAUUCCUGGGUCUGAAAACCAUGAAGACAUAGAGCUUCUGCAGAAACUUUAUAAGACGGGUCGGGAGAUGCAAGAGAGGAUCAUGGACUUGCUCGUGGUGGUGGAGAAUGAAGAUGUCACUGUUGAGCUAAUUCAGGUGAAUGAGGAUUUGAACAACGCCAUCCUUGGAUAUGAGAGGUUCAUUCGAAACCAACAAAGGAUUUUGGAGCAAAAUAAGAACCAGAGGGAAGAUGCCAAUCCUACCAGUGAACCUUCUGCCCCAUCCUCUGAUCUCCUUGACCUGACUCCCAGCCCUCUGAUGCAUAGGGCCACUUUGGGAGAACUCAACAACCUGAAUGCUCAGCUUUCAGACUUAAAUUUCAGCUCUCCAAGUCCUGUUGUAACAAACAACUUGAAACCCAGUCUUCAUCCACAGGUGGAUUUGCUAGCCUCAGAAAACACAGAAACACCCCUGUUUGUCCAAAGGACCAGCCAAAACCUCGCCUCAAGUAAUACAUAUGAGAGUUUUCUGGAAUAUUCAAAUUCAAUAUUACUACAGCCGGUUAGUCUACAGACCAUUCCAGCGACACCAUCAAAGCAGAGACCACCAUCCUUGCCCAGCAAUCAACGAGCGAUGACAAAGAAUGAUUUCCAGCCACCCAAUUACUACGAGGUAAUGGAGUUUGAUCCCUUAGCUCCUGCUGUCACCACAGAAGCUAUUUAUGAAGACAUUGAUGUUCACUACCACAAAGGAGCUCAAAGUCACAGUGACUGUUGAGGUGGAAGUGGAUGACCAGCUCACUAGCAGCAUUAUGGGUGCCAAUUCUGCUAAAGGUAGACCCUGUCCAGCUUUGAGACCCAGAGGUUUAGACCUUCCAGAACAUCAAAGCCACAGUGGAACAACAUUUCUCCUCUGCAGUAAUGAAGUUUAAACAGAAGAGUAACAGUUCCAGAGUAACAUUUAUGGUUCCUGACAGCAGCUCAAGCUUUAUCUAUCUCAAAAGAACUUGGUUGUAACGUAUAUUCACUUAAAACUUCAGCAGAAGAAAAAUUUCAUGGUACUGAGGCCAACCAGAUUAAGUGUAGCACCUUAUGUUUCAGACCUUCCUACAUUUAGAAAUCAUCACAAGAGCAGGGGUAAGAGUAGAUGAAAACUGUUUCAUUACAAAAUAAUUGUUAAUAGAUUAAAGCAUGAAAUGUGAAAAACUGUUAUUAUUCAGGAAGAAUACUGAGUGCCUUCAUUUAACUAAAGUUGAAUGUAAAAGUCAAUUUGCACUUCUUUAUAAAUAAUACGCUUGUUUAGGAUUAUGAAUUGUAAAAGCCUUGAUGAUUGUAGUUUAAUAUUUCAGGUACCCUCAAGAGGUUACUGGAUUCUACACUGUUUUUGCCUUUAAAUAUAAUUCUUUAUAAUACUAAAUGCCCUUUUUUUUCUUUUUGGAAAAAAGACUACUGGAAAACAUUCAGAAUAAAUUGUACUUUGGUUUGUCAUAAAUUACAAUGACAAAUAAAUUACUAUUAAAACAGUUUAAUACAUCUUUUUUCAGAAGAACUCUGCUGUCAGUAAAUCUUCACAAUCCCACUUACAUUUUAAAAUUUGGAGACUUGGAACUAUCACAAGAAAUGCUAGAGACCUACUAGAUAUACUUAUGCAUUUUACUUAACUUUCAUGGUACUGAAAUUUCAACGUACUUAUUUAGUACUCUGAAUGUAAAAUAGCCCUAGAUCUUAAAGGAAAAAUACAGUCAAAUUUGAAAUCAGAAUGUAAUCUUUAGGCAAGCUGUUUGUUAGGGCUUAGUGAUUCCUCUUCCAUUUUGAGCUUUUAAAAUAGUGACUGUUCGUAAUGAAAGUAGUAACCAACUAUUUUAGAAAUAAUA